AUGUUGUGUUACACGAGAUGCGCCUUCGUGGUAAAAUACAAGAAAGGCGUCUUCAAGUUGAGAGGGCAACGAUCCGCAACAACCUUCCCUGUUUACUACGUCAACAGACACCGUACGACCUCGGAACUCAUCCGUCCGCCCGACGAGAAGGCGGGGACGCGUACCCGAUUCCUCCCUGUACGCACUGUCGGGAGUGAAGCGAGUGACGGAAAAAUGUGAUUCUGCCCUUUCGGUUCGCCUCACAAAAAUCUAUCCCAUCACACAACAACAUUCCCCUCCUUCCUCCACAACAGCGAUCAUGAAAGGAGGGCGAGGAAGAGUGUGGCGGUGUCGCGCACUCCAGAAAAGGAAGAAAGAGUAUUCUCCGAUCUUUCCCCAGUUUCGCGGGGGGAACCUGCAACAUUCAAUCGGAAUGUGUCCGUUUUUGUUCCCUGUUAACCCCCCGACGGUCGCCUUUUCCCGACUGACAAUGGCCGCGCGACUGAUCGCCGGCAGGCUGCUAUGCCUGUCAGCUUUCAUGGUAGUUUUCUCUCCUCCUCCUUUCCGAAAUGGAAUUUUUACCCCCGGUCCCCCAAACCCUUAUCACCUCAACUCGUACAGUGGGCUACAAUAAGCGUGUGUCGUGUAGUGGGAUUUAGUAAUCAUAUUUGCAUAGUACUGUUUUAUAGAUAUUAUAGUAUGUAACCUUGUACAUGAUAUGAAAAUCGUUUAUAGACAUUUUUAAGCUUGUAUGCUGAUUUUGUAAAUUUUUCAAAAGUUCUGUCAAGUACAACAACUUUAAGAAUUUGAUUUUAUAUAUACAAGUUGUUUCCCAUUGUUUACUACGGUUGCAGCCUUUUUCUAAAUGUUUUUGUGUUUCUUCGCGCAAGUUAAAAAUUUUUUAAUCAAAAAGUCCAAUUAUCAUUUCAUAGUUUUAGACCAAGCAAGGGAGGACAAUGAUCUUCCUUGACAAGUUUCUGCAGGGUCUCAAACCUCAAUUUGAUGACGAUGCUAUAGACCGCUUGAAUUACUAUUAUACCCCGCUGUUGUUGGUGAUCUUUGCCCUUACGUUGAGUGCCAAGCAGUGAGUUUUUGAGCAUUAUAAUGCAAUCUUUGAAUAUUUUUCGAAAAAGAAAUCUACGCUCCGUACUUUACAAAAUGUCCUUUAAAAUUACUGUUAUAAAUAUAAGACAACUAAACCUUUACCUUUUUCAGAUACGUCGGCCAACCCAUCCAAUGCUGGAUUCCCGCCCAAUUCACAGGUAAUGAUGCCAAAAUUUAUGCAAAAUUUAAAUUUUAGGUGCUUGGGAACAGUACAGUGAGAACUACUGCUUCGUACAAAACACCUACUUCUUGCCUCUCAACUACUACAUUCCCGCAAGUGUAAAUGAAAGGGAACAUUCGGAAAUCGGCUACUAUCAGUGGGUACCGUUCGUGCUCGGCUUACAGGCCAUCCUCUUCUAUUUGCCCGCUUUGGUAUGGAGAAUCUUCAACUGGCAGUCUGGAAUCUCCGUCAAGGGGAUUAUUCAGAUGUGCGAAGACGUUGGAAACAUGCAAGUCGAGAAAAGAAAGGCUUCAGUCGAAGUUGUUGCUUCACACUUGGUGGAUUCGCUCAAAAUGCAACAAAACUUGACCGGCAAAAGUAGGUUUUAAAGACAAAUAAUUCAUAAAAAUCUACUCCUAAUAGUAACAACUUUACAAAAGAAAAAAGCAUAUUUCAAAACAGCAAAACAAGAACAAUCUAGCUCAAAAUAAUUAAAAAGACCUUGAUUUAUCUAUAAAUCAAGUUUACACUUUCAGAUGUCUUCUCCGUUUUGCUGAACAAGAGUAAAUACCUAACCACAUUGUACUUGUUUGUCAAAACCUUAUACUUGUUACAAGUAUUCUCUCAAUUCUUCAUACUGAACCGAUUUUUGGGUACGGACUAUACAUUCUACGGUUUCGAGAUUCUCAGAGACCUAGCCUACGGAAUUCCAUGGCAAGAAUCUGGACAUUUCCCAAGGUAAGACAUUUUUUCUAUUUUUUGUCCUAUAUUAUCAUUCAUUUUAAGGAAUCGACCAAAAAACUAAAAAUUUUAUUUUAAUAACCUACUUAAACGUAAUGUCACGGAAAAUAACCUAAUUCACUUCAGAGUGACAAUGUGCGACUUUGAAGUCCGUGCCUUAGGCAACGUCCACCGACACACCGUGCAAUGUGUGUUGAUGAUCAACAUGUUCAACGAAAAGGUCUAUAUCUUCAUCUGGUGGUGGUUGUUGAUCGUGCUAUUCGCUACGAUUGGAAACCUCAUCUACUGGCUAUGUGUGUCUUUCUUCAGCUCACAGCAAGAAACAUUCGUCACGCAAUACCUGAGAGUGUUCAAUCUGUUGAAGAAUGAAGGUAAGGCAUUACUUUUAUACUAGGUUUCUCUUCCCUAACCUAGCUUACAAAACAAAAGCUCUAUAAUCUAUCUAUUAAGUUCUUCAAAUAAUUGAGUGCAACUAAAACCGAAUUUUUUGCUUUGAAAUGGGGCUCAGAAUUAUUUGAACAAACCAAUUAGAUAAAUCAUGAUAUUUUUUAUAGUGAAUUCGGUUAAAAGGCCGAUUUUAUUAUUGUAGUACCAUAAAGAAUAAAAAGUAGCAUUUUUUUUUAAAUUUCAUUUUCAGACAAAAAAGUGGCCAAAAAGUUUGUGCACAACUACCUGAAGAGCGAUGGAGUGUUCCUGCUACGAUUAAUAGCAACCAACGCUGGAGACCUGAUCACCACUGACCUCGUCUACAACUUGUGGUUCAUGUUCCUGCAGGAAGAAGCAUCAAAGGCCCCAACCCUGCCCCGAUCUCCGAGUGCACCAACCAAUGAGCAGGCCCUGGACGACGUGGACGGAAGUUUCGACGGCGAGAAACAACGACUCACUUAA